CAACAACCACAACUACAACCAUUAUCACCGCCAAAGCAACAACGACCACUGCAGCCGCAACAAACGCCACUAAAACAACCACAACAACCACGACAACGGCUAUCACCACCACAAAAACAACAAACUGCCCAUCCUCCUAAAAACAUUAAAACAACAUCGCCAAAAAUUAAUAACAAAAUUGACAACAACAACAACAACAAAAUUAACAUCAACAACAACAACGAUAACAACAACAACAACAGAAUUAACAACAUCAGCAACAACAAAAAUAAUGAUAAUAGCAGCAACAACAACAAAAAUGACAUCAAAAAGACACAUGGCUCAUUAGAUAACUUAACUGAUCCGCACAAACACAGCAACAUUCCUGAACAAGCUUCGCAACUAACUCAACAAUCUCAACAACAACAACAACAAAUUAACAACAUGAACAACAACAUGAACAACAACAUGAACUACAACAAGAACAACAAAAACACUGAAAACAUUAAAACUACAACUACCAAAAAUAACAAAACUUCCCGCCAAAACUCAUCCUCAUCAUCUUGGAGUUCAGAAACAUUGGAGCAAGUCUCACUGUCUGACCAAUCAUAUUGCACCGAUUUCACACCAUUUGAAUUCGGACCGACCAAUCAGAGACCUCCCAUUUAUUACCCUAAUAACGACGCCAACCAAUCAAAAUCGUGGUACAGAAAAGAAGAUUUGGAUGAUUUCUUCAAAGAUUGUACGAACGCUGUGGCUCUUAAAUAUCCGACCAACUACAACUUCAACAAAUACGUCAUCAGCGGCAACAAAGAUGACGUCAACAACAGCAACAAUCAGCGUAGUAACAAAAGCGCUGUUGGUUCUUUGGACAACAAAGAUCAAAAUUUAGUUGAAAAUAAUAUCAACAACAGCGCCAACAAUAGCAAUGAAAUCAACGACAAUAAAAACAGCACUGACAACAAAACCAUAGACGAAAACAUCAACGACAACAUCAUCAACAACAACAACAUCAACAACAACAACAUCAACAACAACAUCAUCAACAACAACAACAUCAUCAACAACAUCAUCAACAACAACAACAACAACAACAUCAUCAACAACAGCAGCAACGUCUCUAGCAAAAGUCAAGCAAGCAGCAGAAAUAGCAACAACGACUCGCGACAGACGCUGUUAGACGACAACAACUUCAACAUCGGCAGCCACUUCGACUACAACUACCGCAACAGUUUUCAUGUGUUUCAGCAACACAACGUCAACAACAAAAUCAACACUGAAUUUGACAGAAACAUCAACAAAACUGUCAACAACAUCAACAACAACAACAACAACAUGAAUUUGUUUAAACCUGCUCACAAAUAUGUCACAACCAUAUAUUUGGCAUCAAACGAUGAUUUGAGCAACAUUUCAACAACAACAACAACAACAACAGCAUCAACAACAGCAACAACCCCAACAACAACAUCAAAGACUUCAGCAUCUAACUUACAUCAGUUUCCAAUGCCAUCUUUCCAUCCUAAACAACAAGCACCAUCGAAUCUUUUCAAACCGGCCAACAACGCCAAGCUACAUUCUGAUUGGUUUAAUAAACAAACGAGGUCACCAAUCGUCAACCAAUCAGGUGUGGUGAUGAGAAAUCGGUCGGGUCGCUCAGCCUAUCAGGAUAGAGUUUCUAUGGUGUCAACCGGAAAUAAAUGCACGUCGGUUAUCACGAUUGGAGGUGACGAAGUUAUUGAUAAUGACGUCAUUACUGAAAAUAAUGGAAAAAGAUGUAAAGAAGAAGAUGAUGGUGGUGGUGAAAAAGGUGAUGGCAAGGAUAAAAAUGAAAUUAAGGAAGAAAUUCGGAGUGAACAAAAUAGAAGUGUCACUGGCGGAGUGAAAAAAACUGACGAUGGAAAGGAUGAUGACUCAAAAUUGAAAGGAGAAAAAAAC